GUUUUAAACGUUGAAUACUUACACCGUUGCCAUGUUGUUGUAGCGUCAUUGCUUUGAAACCAAUAUGUCUUCUUACAAGCCUGGAAAUUGUAAGCGAGAAGAGUUCAGGAAGUAUUUGGAAAAAUCUGGAGUGAUCGAUGCACUCACAAAGGUACUUGUAGGUUUGUAUGAAGAGCCAGAAAAACCGGAUAAUGCUCUAGAAUUUAUGAAGAAGCACCUACAAGCAGAAAGUCCAGAUCCUUCAGAUGUCGAAGCAAUGAAAGUAGAAAUUUCAGAAUUAAAACAAAAGGUGGAGAUGUUAGAAAGUGAAAAUGCUGAAUUAAAACAAAGCAUAAAUCAACAAUUAACACCAGGAAUUGGAAUAAGUGAUGGCAAUAUUUAAUGAAUUGAUGUUUAACAAAAAACACUCCAAACUGGUAAUAUUAUAACAUAAAAUGAAUUUUAAGUUUUUGUUAUAUCUUGAA